AUGGAGGGAAGCAGAAAGAUUGCAACUACCCUGAAGGGUGUUUGCCCAUUUGAACAGGGUGAUCGCUUGGGAGCUGAAACCAGGUCUGCACUGCGUGUUUUGUGGGGAGCUUUGGUUUUGCUGGCUGCAGCUGUGGUUGUUGGGGGCUCAGUCACUGGCAUCCUGAGUCUCAGAGGAAGUAGUCAGCAGGUUGUUCAGAUAACAUUGCAUGAUGUGCAGGGCACCAUUGUCAAUCAGUCAGUGGUUGUGAACCAAGAAGAGGAUCUGGUAACUUAUCACAUAAUGGACAGGAACCAGACAGCAGUGGUGCUGUUUGACAGCAAGAAUGGUUUAGUUUGUUACCAGCCAGGAGGGAGAAACAUGUGCCUUGUUCGAAAAAUGACAGCUACCGACCUGGAGAACAUUCACACCGUUAUCACUGCUCAACAUCAGAAGUUCCACCAGCUGUUGGUGCGGAGGAAUGAAACAGAGUUCUCCAGAAUAUAUCUUGGGAUACUGAGUAAAAACGAUGUGGACCUGUUAGCUCUGGGAGAGCACAUUGACAGCCUCUGUAAUCACAUGCCUAUUUACUGGCUCCAGAAAAGUAACAGGCCUUCCAGGCAACGGCUGAUCUACUUCUGCAUCGAUAUCUGCUUUCCAAAUAACGUCUGCGUCUCAGUAUGUUUUUACUAUCUGCCAGAUUAAGCAACUGUACUUCUUCCUCAUGUCCAUCUUAAUGAUAACACAAGUCUGUUAAAACACAAAAUUAAUGUAUGUUCUACUGUGCCACUUCCUUUAGCUCUGCAUUUUAAUUCCCUU